CAUGACCCAUCCCUGGUGCGGACAGUCACCUCAAAAACUUGCUUAUGGCUUUCUCUGAAUGUAAAAUGAUGUAAAAUAACUGUCAAAAAUCGAUGAAAACGUGAGGAUUAUUUAUUUAUAUUUUCAGUUUUUGUAAGAAAAAUCUUUACAUGUAAGGAUUUAGUUUUUACUAUCAGUGACAAUAAUGUGAGUUAAUGAUUAAAAUAAUGUUCGUAUGAAGGAAAACCGGUUGAAAAUUUAUACACGUAAAAUAUUUUGAAGCUGGAAUACUUUAAAAUUGAAAUAAUAUAAAAGAAUUUGAAAAAACUAUGCAAGGAACACUCUAAUACUUGAGUUAGUUAUAAUUAUUGAUGAAAAGGGAAAUAAUGUCUGCAUGGUCGAGUAAGAAGUGCAUUUUGUUUGUGUCCACGUUUCAUAGAAUGUGCAACUUAACUAACCUCAUUUUCUCGUGACCUCCUUUGUCUCUCAGUGAAUCCGGCUUAUCUAUUCGUAUUCUAAAGUGAUUUUUUUUAUUAGUGUAAUAAAUAAGUUGCACUUUUUUCUUUAUUUCACAAAUUUUAAAGUGUUGUCGAAAAUAGAGAGAGAACAUUAUUUUUAAUCUUUAUUUUCAUAUGACAUGAAUAUUUCGUGUCUAUAUAUAUAUAGAUAUAUAUCGAUCCUAUAGCUUUACUCUGUUGUUGAACUUUAUUGCAUUUUAUUGUGAAAAGAAGAAGAGCACUAUUUUCUUGAAAAAAUGACAACUGUUAAUAAUUGGGAAAAUACCUGCAGACUUUGUUCUGAAGUGAAGACUGAAAUGCUAUCAAUUUAUGGAAUUGAAGGCGUGCAACGAAAAGUGGCUCAGAAACUUCGAGCUUGUUUGCCAGUUCUCGUUUACAAGACUGAUCCUUUGCCCAAGCAAAUUUGCCAAUUUUGCGCUGCAAGACUUGAUGAUGCCUAUGAAUUCCGAGAAUAUUGCUUAAAUGUUUACAAAACAAUGCACACUAAACUCUUGGUACUUAAAAAUUCAGAGUCUGUACAGAUUUUUCUCAAUGCCAUGCAGAAUUCUCCAGAUCCUUGUCAAGUACAAUUAUGCAAAGAAAAAUGUCGAGCUCCUCCACCUUUAGUUCCAUUACCAGCAACACUGCCAAUAGAAAGUACAACUCCUUUAAUUAACGCACCCGAACUAUUGCAAUUGAAUAAUUCAAGGGACCCACUGCCAGAAUUGCCGUGCGAAGUGCAAAUUAAAGAAGAACCAAUAGACACAUUAAUUCGAGCUGAUUCUGAUCUCUUAGGCCUGAAUAAAAGAAGUUUACUAAUCUCAGGAAUAGGAAAGAGAGCGAAUGCUUUUGCAAAUGACUAUGGAAAUGCAUUUGAGAAUAAUGGAGAAUCAAAUUUUGAUGAAAGUGAUAAACCACGAACAAGUAUACUGGAGCAAGUACUCAAAGGCAAUAUAACUUUAAGCGAUCGUAAAGAUCAGAAAUCAAAAACUGGACUUAGCUCUAAAUGGUGGUGUGCCCCUUGUAAUAAUUAUUAUAGAACAAAGGAGGGUUUGAUAAAGCACAUGCAAGUGUUCUGCCCGCGAAGGUACACGUGCAGAAAGUGUUCUCGUGUCUUUUAUACUGUGGAGGAUUUAGCAAAACAUGAUGGCACCGAUCAUUUGAAAGUCACUCUGGAUUUUGACGAAGUAGUUACCAAAUGCCAUCAAUGCGAUCGUGAAUUCGUUAGUUGGGAAAUGCUCAGGCAUCACAGACUUCGUGAUCAUGUAGCCGAAGAUAUUGAUAUCGGAACAAGUACUUGGUGUCCAUCUUGCAAUAGAUUUUUCCCUUCAAUGGAAACAUACCAAAACCAUAUGCAGUUACAUCAAUUGGACACUAUGACCAGGUUACCAAUAAGUUCCUUACCUUCAGUUUCGCAGGAAAAUCAUACUCGAGAGCUUAGGAAAGAAAACUUGAACGACAGCGUUAAAUCAUUAUCUUGUCCCACAUGCGGCAAAAUUUGUACGCAGCAGAGCGCAUUGUCAAAUCAUAUGCGAACGCACGAGCCAAAGAAACAUCAAUGCGAUAUUUGCGGUCGAUUUUUCGGUCUUUACAUAAGACUUGCAACGCACAAGAUGACUGAACAUAAUCAGGGAAUGAUGCCAGUCAUGACAAGUAUCGAACAAGAGGAAGCUUUAAAUGCCGAGAGAGAAGCAAGGGAAGCAAGAGAAGCUAGAUCACGUGGCAAAACAAGAUCGUACGAUGAGAUGGUCGAAGAAGAUGACUAUUCAGUUAAUGACACACCUGUCAAGCGGAAAAUUGUUCUUAAUUCUAGUUCGAUUAAAAAUGCUGUACGUUGUGGUAUUUGCUUGCAAUGGUUUAAUAACCGCACAGAAAUGAUUGCUCACUUGCAAACGCACUCUGAUUCAUUUAAACCAAAAAGCUUUUGUUGUAAAGUGUGUACAAAGUCUUUUAAAGAAAAAUGGCAAUUAACUAGGCAUGAAGCAUCUCAUAAUCGAACGACUAUUACGACUUACACGUGUACAGUUUGCAAUGAAGUGUUUACAGACAAAUCGUCCUAUAAGGCUCACCAAGCGAAACACUCGAUUGACAAAACUUUUCACUGUGCAAAAUGCAAUAAGAUUUUUUUCAAAGAAUUUUCAUUGAUGACGCAUCAAUGUACUGUGAAACCAUUAUUUCAUAAGAAAAAUACAAUUCCAAAGACUUUGCAAAGAAGCAAUUCUGCCUUAUUUAGUGGUUCUAAAAAAUACAAGUGCUCGAAAUGCAGUGCAACUUUUACCAAUUCGCAGUCCAGAAAUUCUCAUAUGAGAGUUCAUUCAGAGGCUCACCUUUUGAAUCAAGUUCGUAAGCAAGCAUUGAAAAAAGAAGCAGGAAAAAUGCCAAAACUUAAACCUGAAGCCAGCGCUUGUACUUCUGUGCCUCGUAUCGAACAAAAUACAGAGGUCCUUGAAGUUAAUCCACCGGCACCAGUCAAAAGAACUCUCAUUAAAACAGCUGGAGGAUAUCGUUGUGGCGUGUGCCAAUCACCGUUUGUGCUCCGUGAACUAGCUGUUGCACAUCUUCGAUCAGCUCAUCCACUAAUGCCAUAUCAGUGUCCUUAUUGUAAGAAACGUUUCACAACACAGUACACGUUUACGCAUCACAUAAAAGCAGAUCAUCCUGAUGAGUCAGAAAAUUGAAAACAAUAUUCUAUAUAUAAAUAUUUAAUGUAAUAGUGUCGCGUACACUAUUUAUUCUAAUACAAAUAUGGCCUUACACGCUUUUCUAUCGUCAAUGUCGAUAAAAGCAAUUCUUAAGACCGAGGACUUGAUAAAUGUAAAUAGACAAGAUAAAGAUGGAAAUAUGAAGAGAUUAUCGGUCUUUCAAAUUAAAUAUAUUGAGAGAAUUGAAUUCUUCUGGAAAACAGGUAAACAAAAAUUUAUUCACUAGCCACAAGUCAACAUUGUAAAUGUAAAUGUUUUGUAGUUUUACAAAUAAUGUUCAAAUUCAAAAUGUAACAUUAAAAUUCUCUUUUUUUUA